AUGGCACCGGCAGCCACGCCUCACAUGCCCGUCAAGCAAAAAAUGGCCGUCUCCUUCAAGUCACUCAUGUCGUCCGUCCUCGGCCGGGGAGGCUCCGAGGGGGGAAGCGGUCCCGCGCCCAUCACCGAGCUCUUCCCCAAGACGGACCCGGCGGUCGACGGCGACGACUGCCUGCACGACUGCGAGGGGUGCAGCGUAAAGUACCCGCGCGGCUUCAAGAUUGAGACGGAGGACUACCUGUACGGGCAGGUCAAGGAGUGGGCGACGCACGCGAUUGUGGCGACGGGCAAGUCGGACUGGGUGCGCGACAGCGCGGAUGAAAAGGGCAGUGUCAUGGAGGCCAUUGAGCAUGCGCCUCACAAGCCCGCCAACGGGAAAAUGAAGCUCUCGGCGUCCAACAUGCCCACCCCCAAUGACACCACCGACUACUCGGAGCCCACCACCGUCCUGCUACUCCCCGCCUUCACCCUCGUCCGCAACGUCCAGCCGUCCAACGUCGGCCAGCUCAUCACGGACAUCAUCGACGUCGCGCCCACCAACAACUCCCCCAUGGCGCCCUUUACUCUCCCCGCCUCCGUCCCCAGCCUGGCUCCCGGCACCGUCCCGGACCUCGUGACGAGUAACUGCCCGCACAGCGCCGUCAUCCUGCUCUGCAGCCAAAAGACGCGCGACGCCCGCUGCGGGCAGAGCGCGCCGCUGCUGCGCAAGGAGUUUGAGCGGCACCUCCGUCCGCUGGGCCUGGCGCGCGACCUGCACGACGAGCGACCGGGCGGUGUUGGGAUUUAUUUCAUCGAUCACGUCGGCGGGCACAAGUACUCGGCCAAUGUCAUGAUUUACCGCCGCGCGAAUGCAUUUGGCCACGAUGAGCCGCGCAAGGAGAAUGGGCAUGAAAACGGGCAUGAAAACGGGCAUGAGAAUGGGCAUCAGACGGCGGCGGCGGCGGACAUGGGCGCGGCGCAGUGCAUGUGGCUCGCAAGAGUCCGGCCAGAGGACUGCGAGAAUAUUAUCCGCUACACGAUCCUCAAGGGCAAGCUGGUGAAGCCCGAGAGCCAGCUAAGGGCCGGGUUUGAUCGGUGCAAGGGCUUGAUGAGUUGGUGA